GAUGGUCGCGGUGUGACGCUCCUGGUCUCCAGGAAGGAACUCCAUCUGUAAACGCAAGGGAAAAUGGACGAUAAUCUUCAACUCGGAGACAGUGGAGUUGUAAAGAAUGUUGCAAAGUUAGGUCGACGGGCUCGCCAGGCUGCAGAGCAAACGUCAUCACUGGAAGAGUCUCGACACGUCAGAAAAUCCUCUUCUUCUACGUCGAUGGGAGAGGAAGAGGAAGAGGGACCCCCUCCUAAACCAGCUCGCAGGCAGGGCGGCUGGGCUGAGGAGACUUCUGGAUCUGGAUCAGCCAAGUCUGGAAGAAGACCUGACAUGGUGGAGGACGUGGAAGACCGACGCCUUCGACCACAAACCCCCCAGGGCUCGGAUGAUGAAGGAGAUAUACCAGUGAUCCCAGACCUUGAGGAAGUACAAGAGGAAGACCUUACCAUGCAAGUUGCUGCUCCUCCAAGCAUCCAGGUGAACCGGGUAAUGACAUACAGAGAUCUGGACAACGACCUCAUGAAGUACUCUGCCUUCCAGACCCUGGAUGGGGAGAUUGACUUGAAGAUCCUCACCAAGGUUUUAGCUCCGGAGCAGGAGGUGAGGGAGGAGGACGUGGGUUGGGACUGGGAUCAUCUGUUUACAGAGGUGUCCUCAGAGCUGCUGACGGAAUGGGAUCAAGGAGAGAAGGAGGAGCAGGUUCCGCUGUCUGUGUUAUGAUGACGAGCCUCCCUAGGAUGGGAUAGGGUGGACCAGGACACCCCCUCUGGGACCUGGGUGGGUGCAUGUCAAUGCUCCGUCGAAACAUAGGGACCAUCAAAUAUACGUAGCUUGCCUCAUAUUGUUGUUCAUAUUCCAAAUUCAGUGCAAAAUGUAUUUAUUUUUUCUAAUAAAUUUAAACAAAC